AUGAGUGCGUGUCUUUUUAACUUAGGCGGAAUAAUUAAAAGAUAAUUCUUGUGGGGACGAGUAUUAAUGAUGAUGAGAUUAUGCCAUGGAGGAGCGCAGCUGUAAUUAAUCCCGAAGCUCAUUAAUUAAUCUCUCUAGAAGGAGGAGGAGAGAGAUAGAGCGGGGAUCGGAGAUGGAAAAUCACUUCUCAAAACACUCCGUCGCCGUCUUGUUCCUAUUAUUACAGAUUUCCCAAAACAUCCUCAAUCAAACAGCCGACGGGAGAGAUCUCCGGCCGUCGGAGCACGGCCUAGCCGAUCAGGAAUCCGCCCCGAUGUCCCCCGGAGCCGGAAACUCGUCGUCUUCGGGGAUGCUCGCCUUCUUCGGCGCCUCGCCGGCGUCUGCGGAAUUGCCUGCCGGGAGGAAUCUCACGGCGUCGUGGAUGAGCGCCGGUGCCAGCGGCAGAAGUAUCACGCGCGAUGGAAAGACGGAGGACCCAAUAAGAGAGGGACUGUUUGUGGGCAGUUUGGUCUGUGGACUCGCCGGCGUCGUUCUGGUCGCCGUCUCCGCCGCCUUGCUACUAAUUGUCCGGUUCCGGAAGCAGAGAGACGAAACGACGUCGUCUUCUGAAGCUUGCGUCGCCAACAAGCAAAAGGAAAUUUUUCAUCUUCUUGGAGAAACCAAUUCAAACAUACAUAUUUAUUUCCAACUCAACAAUAUAAAUACAAUGGAGUUCCUCGCCGGCAAAUCCAUCCUCAUCACUGGCGCAACCGGCUUCCUUGCCAAAGUGCUGGUAGAGAAGAUACUUCGGACUCAACCAGAUAUCAAGAAGCUUUUCCUUCUAAUUAGAGCCUCCGAUUCUGAAUCUGCCCGCAAAAGAUUUCAUACCGAGGUUUUGGACUGUGAACUGUUCAGAGUCUUGAGAGACAAAUACGGCGGCAAGUUCAACGCUCUCGCGGAGGAGAAGGUGUUUCCGGUGGCCGGCGACAUUUCCUCCAAGGAUUUGGGAAUUGAGAAUUCUGACCAAAUCUUGGAAGAAGUUGACUUUAUCAUCAACUCAGCUGCAACUACUGUGUUUGAUGAGAGGUAUGACGUUGCAAUGAGCAUUAAUACAUUGGGUGCAAUAAAUGUUUUAAACUUUGCCAAGAAAUGCCUCAAACUGAACAUGAUUGUUCAUGUGUCCACCGCAUAUGUGUGCGGUGACAGAAGUGGGAGUGUGCCAGAGAGCCCAUUUCGGCUGGGAGACACUGUAAAUAAUGGGGACACUUGCUUGGACAUUGAUGAAGAGAAGAGGGUUAUUGAGGAGAAAUUAAUGGAGCUUAAAUCUCAAGAGGCCACUGAUAAACAAGUCAGAGUGGCCAUGAAAAUCUUGGGGAUUGAAAGGGCAAAGGUGCAUGGAUGGCCAAACACUUACUCAUUCACAAAGGCUAUGGGGGAAAUGUUGUUACUAAAGUAUAAGGAGAAUCUAUGUGUUGUCACGUUGCGCCCAACAAUUAUAACAAGCACUUACAAGGAGCCUUUUCCUGGAUGGAUUGAAGGCGCAAGGACCAUGGAUAUCUUUGUAUUGUUGUAUGGUAAGGGGAAAGCAAAUUUCAUGAUGGGUGAUCCCGACUCAAUUCUCGAUGCGAUUCCAGGAGACAUGGUGGUGAACUCCAUACUGGCGGCAGUUGCGCACCACGGAAGCGGUGGCGAUCACCACCAGCGCCCGAAAUAUAGUGACAAAGAAAUGAUAUACCACGUCGGCUCAUCGUCUACCAACCCUUUGAAGAUCUUGGACCUCCGAAAUUACUUGUCUAGCUACUUCACCCACAACCCUUGGACUACAAAGACUGGGGAGGUUGUCAAAGUGGCCAAACCCGUCUUGCUCACCAGCUUGAAAGACUUGCGCAGAUACAUUUCCAUUCGUUAUCUCCCCAUCAUUACGGUGUUGAAGUUGUUGAACGUGGUACUCUUCCAUUAUUUCGAAGAGAAGUGUGUGACCGUUGAGAAAAAGAUCAAUUUGGUCAUGCGGAUUGCUGAACUCUACAAGCCAUACUUGUUCUUUUAUGGAAGCUUUGACGACACGAACACGAGAAGAUUGAGGAAGGCUAUUGCCGAAACGAGUGUGGCGGAAACCCUAUUUUUCGACCCGCAAGGCAUCGUUUGGGAAGAUUACUUCAAUAACACCCACAUUCCCGGAGUUGUAAAAUAUGCCUUCUAAUAAUAUUAAUAAUAAUUACGGAGUGAUUAUAUAGUCAUCACUCUCAAAUUAGUAGUUUUAUAAUUUGUCCAAAAUAUGUAUGUGUAAUUGCUCGAGUUAACGAUUAUCAAGAGUCCUCUGUUCCAAUACUUACGUAACUAAAUAGCUCAAUUUGAA